AUGCCACACCCAAACCCCCUAACCCUAAUAGUGGCAACAACGCCCCUCCCACUCCGACACGCAACAGAAGAAACAACACGCCUGGGAAUAGGUCUGAAGGGAACACUCCCCUGGCCGCGCAUAAAAACAGACAUGACAUUUUUCGCGCGCGUAACAUCGCGCCCACCAGCCUCGGGCCAAACCAAUGCCAUUAUAAUGGGCCGCAAGACGUAUGAUUCCGUUCCUGCCUCGCUGCGUCCGCUUGCGAAGCGGAUUAGUGUUGUUGUUACGCGUGAUACGACGGGUUCUGUUAGAGAUGGGGUUCUUGGGGAGUUGGUUGGGCGGAGGGAGAGGAUUGCAAAGAAGGCGGCUGAAGCUGCUGCUGUUAGGGAGGAAGGGGCGCAGGAGAAGAAGGUUGAGCCGGUGACGGAUGCGAUUGUCGUUCCUAGUCUUGAACGGGCUUUGGAGCGGCUUGAUGUUGAGUAUGGGGAGAAGGGGGUGUUGGGGAAGGUUUUUGUUAUUGGCGGUGCGGAGAUUUAUAAUGCUGCUAUUCAGUUGCAGGAUAAGGGUGGAUUGAGGGGACGGCCUUUGAGGGUUGUUAUGACGAAUGUUGUUAGGAAGGGUGUUGAUGGGGGUAUUGGGUCUUUUGAUUGUGAUACUUUCUUCCCGGUUGAUCGGCUUGAUGAGGAGAGUGGGUGGCGGACUGCUAGUUCUGCGGAGGUUUCUGAGUGGGUUGGGGAGGAGGUGGAUGGGGGUUGGAAGAGUGAAGGAGAUGUUGAGGUUCAGAUGGUUGGGUUUGAGAAAGUUUAG